AUGAAUAGAAACCAAUUAACAUUAGAUUUUCAAAAUAAUCAAUUAUCUGGUACAUCUAGAGAUGCUUUACGAAAAUAUAUUAAACAAUUAGGAAGAGAUGAUAUUUUAAAAAUAUUAAUACCAUUUAAAAAUGGUCUAUUACAUGAAAAAACGAAAUUAUAUAUUGACACGACUAAAAUUUCAUUAGAUUAUGUUAUUAUUCCUAUAACUAUUGAAGAGUUUCUUAAUGAUGCUGGUGAUGAAUGGAAACAGUGGUAUCAUAAUGUUAAUUCAAAUUUAUCAAAAAAUGAUGAAUUACUAAUUGAACCAAAAAUAUCAAAUUUUAUUUUUCAUCGACCAACAACUAUUUUAAUUGGUGGAAGUAAUGAUGAAUCAGAAAUAGACGAUAUUUCAAUAGAUCUUCCACCAACAGAUUUUAUAAAAGAAUAUGUUAAUAAAAUGCCAAUACAAAAAAAAAGACAUUUAUUAUCAUGUGCAAAGAAUGGUCUUAUUACAGAUACAUCAUUAAUAAAUAUUCCUAAUAUUAAUGAAAGUAAUAGUAUUGAAAUACAAUUUAAAAAAAUAUUACUUAUAAUUCAAAGUGAAAAUGAAAUUAUAAUAAGUCGACAAAAUAAAAUGCAUUGGUUUUAUAAAAUAUUAAAAUCAUCACAUUUUUCAUCAGGAAAUUUUUCACCCUCAAAUAGAUUAGAAUGUGAUUUAAGAAAACUUCAGGUGGCUCGUCAACACAUGUCAAUAUGGUAUACAAUAUUUUUUGCCUUUAUGACACUAACAACAUUUGCUUCACAUAUCUGGUCUACUGUUACUAAUUAUGAAGAAAUGCAAAAUUUACUUAGUAUAACAGUAGGAAUUUUAGUUAUUACUUCUGCAAUAAUAUCAGCUUUAGUUUAUCUUGUAUCAUAUAUGGUUGCAUUUUUAUUUUGUACUGAAAAUACAUUAAAAGAAAAAGGUUUAUCUGAUCAUAUUCCUGUCAAUCCAUCACCAAUCUACAAUUAUUUCAGUGAAUUACAUCAUUAUAAAAUAAGAAUCAAAAUAACAAAAAUAAUACAAUUUAUCUUUUUAUGGUAUACAAUGGGAUUAUCAGUAUUUGCUCAUAUAAACGGAUUAAAUAUUUAUCCAGCUCUUGUUUGUGUUCUAUCAAAUGGAUUUGGAUUAACAUUAUUCAAUAGAAUAGCAAUUUUUUUUCGUGAUUGCCGUUCAAGUAGUGAUGAAAAAAAAAUGGCACCACCAAGUAUUUAUGGGGAACCAAAAAUUAUUCCCAAUGAUGAUGGAACAGUUCAACUUGAAUUUAUUGCUACUGGUGGAGUAGACACAUCAAAAACUAAAUGGUUUUUUGGUGAAACUGAUAUUACUUCUGAUGCUGGAUAUAAAAUGAGCAGUUCUGAUGAAGGUGGUAAAAGAUUCAAAUUGACAUGUCACAUUCUUAAAUUUGAUAAAAGUAAGGCUGGAGAAUAUAAAGCUAAAGUUUUUAAUGGUGAAGGAGAAAACAGUUGUACAUUUACUGUUAAUUGUGGAAAUGCUCCUGAAUUUUAUGAUAAACCUAAGAUUGUUCAAAAAGAUGAUGGAAAUAUAAUUUGUAUUAAAGUUAGAGCAAAAUCACAUAUUGAAAUGAAAGCAGAAUGGUUUAAGGAUGACAAACCAAUUAAAGGUACUGAUAGAAUUAAGAUUACAUCCAAAAAGGAUAGUAAAGAUAAAGAUGGAAUUCUAUUCCUUCUUGAAAUAAUUGGACCACAAAAAGAUGAUGAAGCUAAGUACAAAUGUGUUGUUAAGAAUGCUGAAGGAUCAAAUCAACAAUCUCUUAAUUUAGUUUUUGGAUAA